ACACACACACACACAGAGGCACACCUCCCCCCGUCAGUUGGUCUCUCUUUCUAGUUGCUAAUCCGCCUAUCUCUCUCUGCAGGCAUCAUGGCGGAAAUUAAAACCGGAAUCUUUGCUAAAAACGUGCAAAAAAGGCUGAACCGCGCGCAAGAGAAGGUGCUCCAGAAACUGGGAAAAGCAGAUGAGACCAAAGAUGAGCAGUUUGAACAAGUGGUCGUCAACUUCAGGAGACAGGAGUCUGAAGGUUCGCGGCUGCAGAGGGAAAUGAAGGCCUACAUGUCUGCCAUUAAAGGGAUGCAGCAGGCCUCCAUCAAUUUGACCCAGUCUCUGCAUGAAGUCUAUGAACCAGACUGGCAUGGCAAAGACGACAUCAUGGUCAUUGGAAAGGACUGUGACGCAAUGUGGGAAGACUUUCAUAACAAGCUGGUGGACUCGACGUUGCUGAACCUGGACGAGUACCUGCUACAGUUUCCUGACCUCAAAACCCGUGUGGCCAAAAGAAGUCGGAAAUUGAUUGACUACGACAGUGCUCGUCAUCACGUAGAAACUCUGCAAGUGUCAGGCAUGAAAAAUGACCGUAAAAUGAUGAAGGCAGAUGAAGAGUUGAAAAAGGCGCAGAAAGUGUUUGAGGAGUUGAACGUCGGCCUGCAGGAUGAACUACCGACUCUCUGGGACAGCCGCGUUGGAUUCUACAUCAGCACCUAUAAGAGUGUGACCAAUUUGGAGGCCAGAUUUCACCGCGAGAUCUCUCAGGUAUGCAGGCAGCUGUAUGAGGUGAUGACACAACUGGCUGAGCAGCACUCUGACAAAAUGUUCACCAUCCAAGGAGCCCCAAGUGAUUCAGGACCACUAAGACUGGCCAGAACCCCAUCACCAACAGAAGACGAGAGUCCACCUGAGAGUCCAGAUGCCAUCGCUAAUCACAUGCUCCGUCCUGUCUCACCUGGACCACCGCGGCCCAAAUCCCCUAUACAGCUUAAGAAGGGGCCGCCGGUACCUCCACCACCAAAAGCCACACCUACCAAGGAGGUGGCAGAAGAGCAGAUCAUCAACCUAUUUGGAGGGGAUUUUUUACCAGCACCUUCCCUAUCACAGCCUAAUGAAAGACCAGGAGAAUCUCUUCUUGACAUGGACUUCGAUGCUUUCCAGCCAGAUGAAAGUGUUUCUCCAAUACCACAGACGGCUGUGCCUUGGGAUAUGUGGGCGGCAAAUGCGCAAACAACUGAACCGCAGGCUGCAGACACCAACUUUGUCGCCGACUGGUCUGCCGACUUCGGUUCUUUGCCGGCAAAUGAAGAUACUUCUCCAGGAGUGGAGGCCCCUGCUGUAGGGCUGGAGGGGGCACAGGGGAGGGUUCAAGGGGGGGCCCAGGACUUGCCCCAAACAGACGUCUGGCAGCCAGGUGCAGACAAAGCUACCCCUUCCCAGGACAGAGAGGUAGCCACAGCAGCGGAAGAGGUGAUCAGUACAUUUAAUGGAUUUUCACAGGACACCACUGGCCAAUCAUUCUUUGCUGAUUUUGAUGAGAUGAAUGAAGGUCCUGCAGACUCAAAUGGUCCUCCAGAAGCUUUAGUUCGAGAAGCUGCUGAUGAACAAGACAAGUCUUCAUCUCCCCUCGCUGGUGAGGGUCAUCCAUCUCCCCCUGCUGGUGAGGGUCCUCCAUCUCCCCCUGCUGGUGAGGGUCCUCCAUCUCCCCCUGCUGGUGAAAGCCCUCCAUCUCCCCCUCCUGGUGAAGGUCCUCCAUCUCCCCCUGCUGGUGAAGGUCCUCCAUCUCCCCCUGCUGGUGAAGGUCCUCCAUCUCCCCCUGCUGGUGAAGGUCCUCCAUCUCCCCCUGCUGGUGAAAAGUCUUCAUCUCUAGGCUCUUUUGGUGAGGCGCUUCCAGUAGGAGCGAAGGUAGAGGAACUUGGUGGGCCCUCUGUUGGUGAGGAGGAUACUCCAGGAAGUUCUAGCAACAAAAGCGAGCCUGAUAUUGCUCCUGGCAGCAAUGCUAAAACAUUUCGUGUUGAGGGAAUUCCAUCGGAAAAAAUGCCAAUACCGUCCGUGGUAAUCGAGCCUGCCUCCAGUAACGAAGGAGAUGAUGACCGGGAUGCUGACAUCAUCUCUCCCACAGCCAUCAGUGACAAUGGUGUAACACUGGAAAACCAGACCAUCAAACACAUGAGUCCAUCUGGUGGAGUGUCAGGACUCCCCGAUGAUUUCCUCUACAAGGUGGAGACAAUGCAUGACUUUGAGGCAGCAAAUUCAGAUGAGCUGGAACUGAAAAGAGGUGAUGUGGUGUUGGUGGUUCCCACUGCCUCAGCAGAGGAUCAGGAUGCCGGCUGGCUCACAGGAAUCAGAGAAAGUGAGUGGUUAACGAUUGGUGCUGGGGCUCACAGAGGACUUUUCCCGGAAAACUUCACACAGCAUUUGGAGUAAAAAGUCUAUUCGGCUUAUAAGAAGAACGCAGAAGUUUGACACAUCUGUGUCCAAGCUAUCAAAUUGGCAUUUAGCCAAUCCUUAAAACACCUUCUAACCUGGCACAGCCAUCUGCUGGUAAACAUGAUGCUUAUAAACUCUGCAACAUAAAGAAACUUCAGAAAGUUGAAGUUCAUAGGAAGUAAAACUAUUCCCAAAAUUACAAAGCAUGAUGUGAUAGUACGGUCAGCCUUUCUCUGCAAUUGAGUUGUAAUUUUUGAUUUUCUGGAAAGAAAAAAGUAUAAUGCUGUGGGAAUGCUGCAAUCCCUACAUAUUAAUGCAAACAAAAAUAUAUUGUUUCAGAAAGCGAAAAAAGAUACUGAACCUUCUUUGCACCAAGUGUGUUGUACGUAUGUUGUUCUGCUAUUCAAGAAUCUGUAGUUCUAUUUAAAUGUUCUUUGGUGUUACAUGAAUUUUUUUAUUUUCAGGCGUGUCAUUACUGUAUACCUUUUAUCAAUGACUGUUUCUAUUUCACCGUUAACCGUAUGUGGUGAAUUUAUUUUUUAGUAUAUGUGAGGAGUUAAUUUACUUACAAGUGUUGCUUUUUUUUUUCCUUCACAAACUAAUGAGACAUUUAUCAUCGAGUAUUGACAAAGCAGUGCACCUCCAACAUGGAUAAUUCCAAAUAUCAUGGCAAUUUAUUCCCCAAAAAAUAAUCUUCCCACAAUUGCAAAUAUUCAUGCUUAGAUGUUUGUCACAUGUCUUAUUAAAAUGGUCUUACAAUAAAACAGCCAAUCACAAAACUUUAAGUGAACAGGUGAGCUAUUAACAAAUGCAAUGACCAAUGUAUGUUGAUAUAGGUCUCCACAUUCCUCCAGAGUAGUUUAAUAUAGCAAAUAGGAUGUCAAAUCCCUUGAUAUUGAAGUGUAACCUAGACCUAUUUGUGAUGUACAUUCCAUACAUAAUUAUGUUGUGGUCAAUAAAUAAGUGGUCAUGAAAGUAAUAAUUGUGUCUGUAUCCCUACAAGGGCUUAGGACCUGCAUGUAUAGUGUAGGACCUUCCUUUGAUAUAGCAGCUCCCAUGUAAAAUAACUUAGAGCCCGGGACAGGAUUAGGGAUGAUAACCAGUUUCACGGGCCUUUGAAAUAACUUUUGAUAAGGAGGUGCUAGUCACCUGAAACUUGAUUCUGCGAAUAUGAACUGCACUUUCAAUAAAGGUGAUCAAAGAUUGGAGUGA